GUGUUUGCCAUAAAGAAUAAUUGUUAUUCAUAAAACUCGAAUCAACUGAUAUAAGGUUACGAGAAAGUUAAAAACACAGAAUGUCUGAAUAUUCAUAUGCACAGGAAGCCAUGUACGUAAUUCUGUGUCGUUAUAUAGGGACACCGACAGAGUUGACUAUAAGACGGGAGGUAAGGGACAUGGAAGAAAUUAUUAAAAAUUUGUUGGAAGCCUAUUUUGGUAAAAGAAUGAUGAUUAGUGGAAGUGUCAAGGAAGGAUUUAGGUUUAACUCUUCUGACAGGGAUUUAAUGUUCUGGUUAUCAAAUCACAAAGUGAUAACUGAUUUAUCACAGUUUUGUGUUUAUGAUCCGUCAAAACAUACUUUAAUUCUCAUUGAGGACACUGAUACACCACCGGGGUUUGUCAGACUACAGCUUCUGACGCCACCACGAGAUGGAUUCAUUGCAUCGUCAGUUGUUCCGUUACAUAACAGAUCGUACAUAUCGAGUUCAAAGUGGAGACAAACACUGUUAACAAGCGUGAGAAGAAAUAAAGCAUGGAACCAGACAGAAAUCCACGGUCCUUGUGCGAACUGUAUAUUCAAUAGUUACGAAAACGAUCUUGCUCUUUGUUUACAUAGCUCCAGUUGGUCAAGGUUAACAUGUUAUUGGAGAGAUCGAUGUACUUUGCAUAAUUGGCCUCCAAACCACGUGUUUGAUGAAAUAUUAAGAAAUGGUUGUCAUUUUGUGCCCGUCGGAAGUAAAUUGACAGCAAAUGAAAAUGAACUGGAAUGGAGAUUGUCAUUUUCUCAGGCAGAACAAAAACUAGUGUACUCCAUGAGUCACACACAAUUUCUGUGUUAUGGCCUUUUAAAAAUAUUUCUGAAGGAAGUUAUCAAUAGUGACACAGAAGAACCAUUCCUGUGUUCAUAUUUCAUGAAGACCACGAUGUUCUGGUUGAUACAAAUAGGAAAUAUUACAUGGUGCCCAAAUAACUUACUGGAUUGUUUCUGGAAAUGUUUCAAAUUUUUGUUAUAUAGCGUCCAUAGAGGUGUAUUAUCAAAUUUUUUCAUUCCACAGAACAACAUAUUUGCCAGCAAAUUAGCCACAGAAAGAGGCGCACUGACACGCAUGCAUCUGUUAGAACAACUAAACGGUUAUUAUAAAAUGGGUUUGAGUUGUUUGCUUCAAAGUCCGACGAUAAAACCAUUUAUAGAAUUUAGUGAAUUAAUUCAUGUAUGCAAUAAUCCAUUCAGAUCAGAGACAUUCAGUGGACGUAUCAUGAUUUUUGGUGACCUAGAAAGCUGUCUUGUUGAGGAAAUAUAUCAGGUAGAGAUUUUUCAAAAAGACACAAAAACAUGCUAUCUAAAUCUUAAGUCCAUAUUCCUGUUAUUGCAUGAAUCCAUAACAGAAAAUCAGAAAUUGUUAUUACAGAAAUGCACUGCAGAUAUUUUAGUUCAAACAGCGUUUAUGUUGCUAAAAUAUUCAACGGACUGUACAAAUAAAAGAGCCUACAAAUCCCACAGACUGAUAAGUAACUUGUUGAAGCUGGCAGGUAGAGUGGGUGAUGUGUCUUAUUUGUUGUAUCUCGCUCUGUAUUAUUACAGGAUUUGUAGAUAUGAAGAAGUGGUUAGAAUAAAAGAUCUAGUAAAAUCAAAACUCUUAAAGCCCUAUCUCAGGUAUAAUAGAGUAGACCUAGAAAUAUAUAAUGAUUAUGUAGAGGGGUUGUCUUUGUCUAAACGUAUGAAAAAGGCUUGGGCAAGCAGUGUGGAAAUGCUAUGUGUGUUAAGUUACUACAGACUAGGUAACAUGUCCCAUUGUCUACAGUCACUGACAGACCUACAGACACUGCUGCUCAAUGACGACGGAAGAUAUGUACCUUUAUGUGACAGAGACACUUCGUGGCAGAUACUGGGGAUCUGUCAGCAUGUUGUGGGGGACCUACACGGGGCGUUACAAUCUUAUCAAAUGUCACUGAAGCAAGAACCUUUCCACAAAUUACAGAAUGCCUCAAUAUAUAGAAUAGCCUUCAUUCUUAAUCGAUUCAAUGAACGAAAUUAGCUGCAACUCUCUAAAUAAAUAGGUGAAACAGAAUCCAACAAAAUAUUUCAUUAUAUAUAUUUAAAUGAAUUACAAAGAUGACACUUCAACACAUAAUUUAUAAUCUUUUAUUAAUAGGAAAGAGAAGGAAAUGAAAAUAUAUAAAUGUGAGAUAAAUUUAUUA